AUUGUAUUACCAGCACUACUCUUAUUGUCCCUGUUUUGAAAUCCAAGCCCUUUACGAGGACGGCGUGACUUGCCACUCGACCACCAUCACUAUACGAUGAGCCUCGUUGACAGACCGUUCUAUUCAGCAAGGCCAGAAUGGAAGGACGUUGAGCCUUUGGAACAGUACGAGAACAUCAACCCAUUGGCGCCGAUCCUUUACACAGAUGAAUACAAGGAUGCGACCAACUACUUUCGCGGCGUCGUUAGAGAUGGAGAGAAGAGUGAACGAGUACUGGAACUGACGGAACAUAUCAUUCGGCUGAACCCAGCUCAUUAUUCUGCAUGGCAGUACCGCUAUGAAACCCUCAUCGCCCUCAAUUCACCGCUUGCGACUGAGCUGCAGCUCAUGGACGAAAUUGCUGUCAAGCACCUUAAGACAUACCAGGUCUGGCACCACCGACGUCUUCUUCUCAUCCAACUCCGAGAUCCAAACCCAGAGCUCAAGUUCAUUGCCCAAUCGCUCAAGGCUGAUGCCAAAAACUACCACACAUGGUCUUACAGACAAUGGCUUUUGGCUUACUUCAACAACGAUGACCUAUGGAGCGGCGAGCUGGACUUUGUCGACCAUAUGGUGAACGAGGACGUCCGGAACAACUCUGCCUGGCAUCACCGUUUCUUCGUCGUGUUUCAGUCUGGGAUACGGGACAGUGAGAAGGAUAGAGAGAGGGUAAUCAAGCGGGAGUUGAUAUACGUCAAGCAGAGUAUAUCUCUAGUGCCUAACAAUGCGUCCGCGUGGAACUACCUCCGUGGGAUUCUGGAUCACAACAAGCUGCCUUAUUUGACUGUACAAGUGUUCCUCGAGGCUUACACCCUGGAUACUCCACCUGCUACAGGGGAUAUUGUGGACCUGGAGAACCCUCCUCCAUCAAAGGAGGCCCAGCUCCCCUGUCCAGCCGCCAUAGAGCUGCUAGCGGAUGUCCACGAACUGCAGGGUGCCGAAGGUGUUGGGAAAGCGAUCGAUCUUUGGAAAUCGCUCCGUGAUAUCUAUGAUACAAUUCGGAAGAGAUAUUGGGACCAUCGGAUCAAGGGGGCGUCUCACCGCGAAGGUGUCUGAUUCACUGUGACCCUCUCAAGGUUAUCGUCUGUACCAUAUGUAUUACUAUCACAGAUGAGUUGAACAGAUCAAGAACGAGAACUGGCUCUAUAUCGUAAGUCCAGAGCGAGGUAUGUGUACUACGGACGAGGGAUAUGGUAAGAAAAUGCCUUCUCCCUGAUUCCGCGCAUGCACCAUAUCGUACUGAAGCAAAGGCUGGGAAGCUCGAGACGGCGCCCGCAACUCCUAGAUGGACGAAACAUUUUCGUGGUCACCACUAGUCCAAAUUCCAGGGCCCCGGGGUAUCGUUGUCGCCUCAGGAAAGAUGACGACAGUACCAACAAGGAACGAGAGCGGAAUGGACGACCGCCUCCGCGAACUGCAGGGCUUCCACGCUGUAGAAUGGGACCACCGUCAAUAUAAUUAGUAGCACCCUCUAUCAGGCU